AUGAACAAUAAAAAACUAUCAAACCAUUAUUAUAGUCCUCAAGGUUAUUGGAAGGGAUAUGAAGCUAUCGAUAAAUUAUCAAAUUCCACUAAUAUUGAAAAGAGUAUUGKAAAAGAAUGGUUGGAAAAACAAGCAUUGUGGCAGAUAUACUUACCAGCUCCUAAAUACAUACCUAGAUACCAUUGGGAUGUUGAAAAAGUGAAUCAAAUACAUCAAGCAGACUUAUUAUUCUUACCCCAUGAUAGAGUAAGAAGAAAGUCAUAUAAAUAUUCACUCGUAGUCGUUGAUGUUGCAAGUAGGUACAUAGAUGCUGAGCCUUUGACGUCUAAGUACUCAACAGAAGUAUCCAUGGGGUUUGAAAAGAUAUAUUCCAGACGUUUAAAAUGGCCAGAAUCAAUAAUCGUAGAUCCUGGUACUGAAUUCAUGGGUGAAGUUACGAAAAUAAUGAAAAAAAGAGGAAUAAUUGUGCAAAGAUCGGAAGCUAAUAACCAUAGAGCCCAAGCACUGGUCGAGCGCGCUAAUCGAACCAUUGCUGAGAAACUCUUUAGCCACCAGUAUGCCCAAGAAAUGAUUAUGGAAGAAAAUGAAAGAUCCCGUGAAUGGGUUGAAAGGCUGCCAGCUGUCAUACGAAGUAUAAACAGUGUAGUAAGAAGAAUAACUGGGAAAUCUCCUAUUGAAGGAAUAAAAUUGAAAGAAGUACAUGAAAAACAUGUGAAUUAUGAAAGACCUGUUGGAUUAGUAGAAGAAAGAUUACCAGCAGGUGUGAAAGUUAGAUAUCUKUAUCAACCUGGUGAGUUGGAAGGUGGUGGUAAGAGAGCAACAGAUCCUGUAUGGUCAUUACAAAUAUAUGACAUAUCAAGAACUGUUGUGUCAGCUAAUCAACCUGUAUUAUAUUACCUCUCUGAUGGUGCACCGAAAAGAAAUUUCGUCAGAGAAGAAUUACAAGCCGUACCUGAAGAUACUAUGCUCCCACCUGUUUCGAAAUAA